AUGACGGUGGGGGGACCAGUGGCCAGGAGGAAGAGUCAGGAGCCGAUGAGAGCGGAGAGGACGAAGGCACUGUCCACCUCUCAUGUCCGACCAACUACAACAGCUGGAUCAAGCCUCACAGCAGACGAUGUUCAGGGCAAGUUGCUGGAUCAAAGAAUUCUGUUUGAAAUGCGGCUCCGCACUGUGAAGCUCGAAAUCAUGCAGCACGUGUCCGAUGAAUUUAAAAAAUUGAAGGACUUCAUAUCCACCAUUGUCCCAGCAUCCGGCUCUACAACCACUACAUGUGUGACUGAUGUGGACCCCGAGCCCAGACAAUCAGACUACGGAGGCUUUGCAGGCCACCACCCGUCGCCUGACGGUAUUGACGAAGACAUGGGGAUUGACAGGCAAGAGGGGGACGGUAUGUGCAUUAAUGGAGAACACAUGGAGCCAUGCCUGGACGAGCAGGAUAUGCCAUUGCCCACUGGAACCGAAAGUCUGCAAGACAUAGCACACAUUCAGCCGUGCCCGGAGGAUCACCCCGUGCCAGGGCCCUCUACAAUCGAAGAAGUGCAAGUCGAAGGAGGCCAUCUCCCAUCGCCUGGCGACCGUGACAAAGAGCAGGACAUGCUGCCUAUUGGAACCAAACAGAUGCAAGUCAGGGUAGUUGGCAAGCAUGGUGACACUUAG